AUGCCUUCCAAACUCCCGCCCAAGGACAGGGCAUGGGGCACACGCUACGAUACAUUAGAAUCCUCCCCGCCCGCCUCUCCCGCGGCCCAGCGACUCACGACCGAUCUCAACCCUGCGACCAUUCAACUGGCCAGAGACACCUCCAGGAGCCCUGCCGAUCACCUCAACACCCCUACCGUCGACCGAACUGGAUGGCAAGACGGAACUCUUCACGACGCAAGCAUCUUCGUGGGCAGCCUUCCCGCGAACGUGGAUCGCGGCGAGUUGACACACCGUCUAUCGGAACAUCUAUCGGCAUAUCCACACAUCAAGACUAUCAAGGUGCCAUACGCCAUGAGAAUAUAUCGACCCCGUAACGCGAAAUAUCUGGGACUUCUCUACGAUGCAGAUGCAAUCAACUACGUUUCGAAUGAGCAGGACGGGUUUCGCCAUAACGACGAGCUUGAUGGCGACGGUGUGCUGUUCCAUCCCCUCAAGUAUGAUUCCGAGGUUGGCACCAUGAUCUCGAGAUUCGUGACCAAAGCUUCCAACCUCACGUAG